AUGACAGGAAUGCGUAAACCCCACGUCGUGCCAACUCAUGAAGAAUUGGGCCAAAGCAUGAGAGCAUUAGGAGAAUGGCCACAAACUCCAUCCUUAAAUGUAGAGCUAGAGAAUGGAGAUCAAGAAAGAAAAGACUUUAAGACUACAUUGUUUGGAUUUUGUGCUUUCUUUUCAGGUGUCUUCAGUCAAGGAAGACAGAUUGACUGUGGUGAGUUCCGGGAUCCCAAGGUCUACUGCACACGGGAAUCUAACCCCCACUGUGGCUCUGACGGCCAGACAUAUGGCAAUAAAUGUGCCUUCUGUAAGGCGAUGGUGAAAAGUGGUGGGAAGAUCAACCUAAAGCAUCAAGGAAAAUGCUGA